AUGGUUAGCCCAUUGGUGGAGUUUCCUGAUCCAUUAUGGUUGGCUGUGGAUCUCGUGGUUUUCUCGGUAGUUCACGAUGGGUGUUUGCUCGGGGUGUGGUGGUGCUGGGCUUUCCAGUUCGCAUGUCCAGUUUGCUACCUGCCGGUGGAAGAUGCUGUUGCUCUUAUGCCAAAUGCAUCGUCUUUUUCCCCUGUUCUUAAAAACUUAACAUAUAUUCAUGAGGAAACUUUGACUAAGUCCGAAUUUGGCGGUUCAGAAUUCGGUGGAUAUCCUUCUCUUGAAAUGAGGAAUGAUUCGUAUGAUAUAAGAGAAUCAAUGAGCGUGCACUGUGGGUUUGUCAAAGGAGUGAAACCAGGCCGUCAGACGGGGUUCGACAUUGAUGAUUCUGACCUUCUUGAGAUGGAUUCUUGUAAAGGCGUGGUGGUUGCAUCAGCAAUUUUUGGAGCCUUUGAUUUAAUAAGACAACCAAAGAACAUUAGUGAAUUCGCCAAACAGAAUGUUUGCUUUCACAUGUUUGUGGAUGGUGAAACUGAAGCUUUUUUGAGGAACUCGAGCGAGCUUGGCAGUGACAACAAAGUUGGUCUCUGGAGAAUCAUUGUUGUUCGUAAUUUACCUUACUUGGAUCCUAGGCGCAAUGGAAAGAUUCCAAAACUAUUAAUGCACCGGCUUUUCCCUAAUGCCCGUUACUCACUGUGGGUCGAUGCAAAACUUGAGCUUGUUGUGGAUCCAUUUCAGAUUCUAGAAAGGUUUCUGUGGAGGAAAAAUGCGAGUUUUGCAAUAUCGAGGCAUUAUAAGCGUUUUGACGUAUUUGAAGAAGCAGAAGCUAAUAAGGCUGCUGGGAAGUAUGACAACUCUUCCAUUAAUUUCCAGGUCGAAUUUUAUAAAAAGGAGGGUUUAACACCAUACUCUUCGGCAAAGUUGCCGAUUACAAGCGAUGUUCCUGAAGGAUGUGUGAUAGUAAGGGAGCACAUUCCAAUCUCCAAUCUCUUCACAUGUCUUUGGUUUAACGAAGUCGACCGUUUUACUUCUAGAGAUCAGAUUAGUUUUUCAACUGUGAGGGAUAAGAUCUGGUCGAAGGUCAAUUAUACAAUCAAUAUGUUCCUCGACUGUGAAAGACGCAAUUUUGUUAUCCAGGGUUACCACCGAGACUUACUCGAGCAGUGGCCUCCCCCUCCUCCUCUCGGUGGUGUUUCUGACGUUCAUCCUCCUCCGCCAGUUAUCAUAUCAAACGAAAAUUCAGACAAAUUCAAUUCAGGGAUUUCAUCUGAGAGUACUGUUGUAAGUAGUAACCCGGCUCGGAAAAUUCCUGCAAGACGUAGUAAAGAGCGGAGGUCAAGGCAUCACCGGAAAGUCAUUGCCGCCAGCCAAUGA